AUGUCAAGCUCUGCUGAACUGAAGCAGACUUUGACACCAGCUCUCCUUGAUGACGUGCAUAAGUUCUGGUUCGACCAUCUUUCCGACGAGGAGUCACUGGUUUUGCCGGGAUGGAGCGAGAUGGGUAAAUGGUUCACUCGGGAUGAAGCUUUUGAUAAGGCAUGUGUCGACCAAUUUCGCCCUGUCCUGCAGACUAUAAUUGGCUCUAAAGCUUCGGCAUCAGAUAUUCUAUCUGCAGUGAACCCAUCUUCUCCAUUGCAUUGGUUGAGUAUCAUUCUUCUACUUGACCAAAUUCCCCGCAAUUGCUACCGGGGAGACGAGUCGAAGGUGGUCUUUGGGUAUUUUGACCCCCUAGCUGAGGAGAUUGCCCUCCAAGCACUCGAUCAAGGAAUUCCGACUCAAUUGCCGUAUUUCAAGUACCGGCUGGCUUAUCGAACUUGGUUCCAUAUGCCUCUUAUGCACUCAGAAAGCUUAGCUGCUCAUGAGCAAGCUAUCAAGAUGCACGAGGAUACAGCCAGGGAGAUGAAUGAUCUUCUGGCUAUGGAUCCAUCGACCCUUGGCGAGGAGGACAAAAAAUGCCAUAGUGCUCUAAAAAAGAAAUCAAAUGAACUUCAAGCAUUUCUAAGUCAGACCUUUGACUACGAGAAACGGCACAAAGUGAUUAUUGAGCGUUUCGGGCGCUACCCCCAUCGGAACCAGGCGCUGGGGAGAGUGUCUACUCCUGAAGAAACUGAGUACCUGGAGAAUGGUGGUGAGACGUUUGGGUGA